GAGCACUCCUGACAUGCUUCAAGGCAGGAGUACAAGUUGAGUGGGGCAAGGACACCUGCCUGACACUUACAGAAAAUGUUAGCAUCUCAUCAUCGCAUGGCAUCUCUCGCCAUGUGGCACGUGUCAACCCAUCCCUCAACUUGUAUCCGUCUCACAUUCUGCAUCGCACAGAGGUAGACCACUGGCUGUCAACUGCUUCAGGCCCCCUUUCAUGUGGAGGUGACAUCAGCUCCACAUUAAGCCAGAUGGACAAGGCCUUGGCACCUGCAUCUGUGCUUGUUGGAAAGCAAGUCACUGUAGCCGACCUAGAAGUCUUCGCUGCUCUCUACAAAAAUGCAGCCUGGAGAUCUCUUGUCAGCAGUAACAAAGCACCAACACAUGUGCUGCGUUGGCACAACUCCAUUGAAACUCAGGUUUCUGAGUGUAUCACAACACUACCAGAAGAGGUUAGGAAUGCCCUCAUUCCAGUGGCCAAAGCAGCACCCACUUCCUCGCCUUUUAAGAAACCCGAAGAAGGGGGAAAGUUUGUGGAGCUGCCAGGUGCUAAGAUGGGGGAGGUUGUGGUGCGAUUCCCCCCUGAAGCGAGUGGGUAUUUGCACAUUGGACAUGCUAAGGCUGCUCUUCUCAACCAGUACUAUCAGUUGGCAUUUAAGGGAAAACUGAUCAUGAGAUUUGAUGACACGAAUCCUGCAAAGGAGAAAGAACACUAUGAAAAGGUCAUUCUUGAGGAUGUUGAUCUGCUAGAGAUCAAACCUGACAUAUUUUCUAAUACUUCUGAUCAUUUUGAUUUGCUUAUUCAGCUGUGCGAGAAACUGCUGAGAGAAGGCCAUGCAUAUUGUGAUGAUACUGAUGCUGAAACCAUGAAGAAGGAGCGUGAAGAGAGAAAGGAAAGCAAGAAUUACAACAAUUCUAUUGAGAAAAAUCUCAGCAUGUGGGAGGAAAUGAAGAAGGGUACAGAGUAUGGACAGAAGUGCUGUGUUCGCGCAAGGAUUGACAUGAAGAGUAACAAUGGAUGUAUGCGUGACCCCACAAUCUACCGAUGCAAGAAUGAAAUUCACCCAAAGACAGGUGAUAAAUAUAAGGUGUACCCAACAUAUGACUUUGCUUGCCCAGUUGUUGAUAGCAUUGAAGGUGUCACACAUGCUCUGAGGACAACAGAAUACCAUGAUCGUGAUGACCAGUACUUCUGGUUCAUUGAAAAGCUGGGAUUAAGACCACUGCAUAUCUAUGAAUAUUCGCGCCUAAACAUGAACAACACUGUUCUGUCCAAGCGUAAACUUACAUGGUUUGUGGAUGAAGGAUAUGUUGAUGGCUGGGAUGAUCCAAGGUUCCCAACUGUGAGGGGUAUUUUAAGAAGAGGCAUGACUGUCCAAGGUCUGAAAGAUUUUAUAAUUGCCCAGGGAUCAUCCCGAUCAGUGGUCAACAUGGAAUGGGACAAAAUAUGGGCAUUCAACAAAAAAGUUAUUGAUCGUAUUGCCCCUCGCUACACAGCACUACAAGGAGAUCUUGUUCCAGUAAACAUUGCAGGAGUUAAAGAGGAGUCCACUGUAGCCCAAAAGCACCCUAAGGAUCCUUCCAUUGGCAACAAAACAGUGUGGCGUGGACCACGUGUUCUCAUUGAGCCUGUUGAUGCUGCAGAACUCAAGGAAGGGGAAAAUGCUACUUUCAUCAACUGGGGCAACAUCACUAUCAAAAAAAUUCAUAAUAUUAAUGGAAAAAUAGUGUCAGUAGAUGCUGUGGCUGAUCUAAGUAAUGAAGAUUUCAGGAAGACCUUGAAGCUGACAUGGUUAGCUGACACAGAUAAAACCACCUUUACUCCUGUUGUCUGUGUGUACUUUGAUCAUCUAGUCAACAAGAGUGUGUUGGGGAAGGAUGAAGAUUUUAAGGACUUCAUUGGCCACAACACACGUGCUGAGGUCAAGAUGGUUGGAGAUGAUGAGUUGAAGAAUCUUAAAGUUGGAGAGAUCAUCCAGCUGCAGAGGAAGGGCUUCUUCCGUGUAGAUGAGUCAUACAAACCAGCUAGUCUCAGUAGCUGCCAGGAGAAACCUGUUGUCUUAUUCUCUAUUCCUGAUGGUCAUUCCAAGGAUGUGGCAACUGCAGCCUCUGUUAAGAAACUGGCUAAAAUGAGUGACAAGGAAAAGAGCAAGAGUGCACAAGGCAAAAAGGCAGAGAAGAGUCCACAGGAGGAGGUGAAACCAGUGGUUGGGACAACUAGUAUUAGUGGAGGGGCAGAACUGCUCAAUAAGAUUAAAGAGCAAGGUGAUAAGAUUAGACAGAUGAAGAGCAACAAAGCAGACAAGAAUGUCGUCAUGGCUGAAGUUGAGAUUUUGAAGAAGUUGAAAAAGGAAUUUCAAGAUGUAACUGGCAUUGAGUGGAAGCCUGAUGUAGUACUUCCAUCUUCUGCUCUAGAGAGUUCUGCACCUGUUGGUGGACAGUCUGCCCAGGCAGUUCAUGCCCAGAUCAAAGAACAGGGUGACAAAGUUCGUGAAAUGAAGGCAAACAAAGCUGACAAAGAAUCUAUCAAGCAAGCAGUUGAUGUGUUGUUAGAACUAAAGAAACAAUUCAAGAUGGUAACUAAUGUCGAUUGGAAACCUGACAUCAACAUAUCUCAGUUUGCAGCCAAUGCUGCUGCCCCUGCUUUAGCUCCAACUCCAGCUCCUAUUGCAGGUGAUGGAAACCAAGCUCUAGAACUUCACAAUAAGAUUAAGACUCAAGGUGAGAAGGUCAGGACUCUAAAAGCAAGUAAAGCUGAUAAGGAUGCCAUUAAAGCUGAAGUUGAUGUUCUUUUAAGUCUGAAGAAAGAUUUCAAAAAUGCAACCAAUAUUGAUUGGAAACCUGACAUUGAUGUCUCACAGUUUGCUGGGACAGUAAAUGCUGUGACAUCAAGUACUGCUACAGCUUCAGCAAUUGCAAGUGCAGCAUUAGAUCUCCACAAUAAAAUUAAGACACAAGGGGAUAAUGUAAGAGCCUUAAAGGCAAGUAAAGCCGAGAAAGAUGUCAUAAAGAAAGCAGUGGAUGAGCUUUUAGCCUUGAAGCAACAAUUUAAAGAUUGUGUAAAUGUUGACUGGAAGCCCGACAUUGAUAUUUCACAGUUUGCUGGGUCACCUUCAGAUAAGGGCACUUCAGGAAAAGGGGGAAAGGUCCUUGAAAUCCAUAGCCAGAUCAAAGCUCAGGGUGACAAAGUUCGAGAGUUGAAGGCAAGCAAGGCAGACAAGGACAAAAUUAAGGGUGAAGUUGAUGUACUUUUGUCACUUAAAGCACAGUUUAAAGAGGCAAGUGGAUUGGAUUGGAAACCUGAAAUAGAUUUAUCUCAGUUUGCUGAAGCAGCAUCAGCCCCAUGUGCUGGAGCCAAAACAGCUGCUCCUGCUGGUGCUAAGGUUGCAGCUACACCUAGUGAAGGUAGAAAAUCAAAAGAAAAGUCACCAACUAAGACCACCAAGGCAGCUGCAAAGCAAGAUGAUAAUACUAUGAAGAAACAGACUAGGCUAGGCCUAGAAGCUAAAAAGGAAGAAAAUCUUUCUGAUUGGUACUCCCAGGUCAUCACAAAGUCAGAGAUGAUUGAAUACUACAAUGUCUCAGGAUGUUACAUUUUGAGGCCUUGGUCAUAUGCCAUAUGGGACUUUAUUAAAGAUUUCUUUGACAAAAAGAUUAAGGACUUGGGUGUGGAGAAUUCAUAUUUCCCCAUCUUUGUCUCUCGUGAUGCCCUAGAGAAGGAAAAGACCCACAUUGCAGACUUCUCACCUGAGGUAGCUUGGGUAACAAGGUCAGGAUCAAGUGAAAUGGCAGAACCUGUUGCCAUCCGUCCCACUUCUGAGACUGUCAUGUAUCCAGCAUUUGCUAAGUGGAUCCAGUCUCACCGUGAUCUACCAAUGCGUCUCAAUCAAUGGAAUAAUGUUGUACGCUGGGAGUUCAAGCAACCCACACCAUUCUUAAGGACUCGUGAGUUCCUGUGGCAGGAGGGGCACUCUGCCUUUGCAUCUAAACCUGAAGCUGAGGAAGAGGUUUACCAGAUUCUAGAUUUCUACACCCAAGUCUAUGAAGAAUUGUUGGCCGUACCUGUCGUGAGAGGCAGGAAAACAGAGAAAGAGAAAUUUGCUGGAGGUGACUUCACCACAACCACGGAAGCUUUUAUCUCUGCAAGUGGCAGGGCAAUUCAAGGAGCUACAUCUCAUCAUCUGGGACAAAACUUCUCUAAAAUGUUUGAGAUUGUGUUUGAAGAUCCUGAGACAAAGCAGAAAAAAUAUGUCUACCAAAACAGCUGGGGUCUUACAACUCGUACCAUUGGUGUGAUGGUAAUGGUUCACGGUGACAAUAAGGGAUUGGUGCUACCCCCAAGAGUUGCCACCAUUCAGGCAGUUAUAAUGCCUGUUGGAAUCACAGCCAAAUCCACAGAAGAUGAUAAGACCAACUUGAUUGCAGCUUGCCAAAAACUGGUAGAAGACCUGAAGGCUUGUGGAGUUCGAGCACGCUGUGACAUGCGGGACAAUGUGACUCCAGCAUGGAAAUUCAACCACUGGGAAUUGAAAGGUGUUCCUCUGAGACUGGAACUUGGCCCGCGAGAAGUGGCAGCAGGCGAGGUUUUUGCGGUGCGUCGUGACACGGGGGAGAAGAAGGCUGUGAGUCGUGCGACUGCGGGGCAGGAAAUCAAUGCACUCCUCAACAAUAUCCAGUCAAGCCUCUUUAACCGAGCAAAGGCAGAUCUUGAUUCCCAUAAGGUUCAGGUAACCUCGUGGAAUGAUUUCACUGGCAAUCUGGACAAGGGUAAUGUUUUGCUUGCACCCUUCUGUGGCCGUGAAGAAUGCGAAGACGCCAUCAAGAAGGAUUCUGCACGAGAGGAAGCAGUUGAGCCAGGAGCACCAGCAAUGGGUGCAAAGGGACUCUGCAUUCCUUUCGAACAGCCGGGAGACGUGAGUCGCCUCUCGUGUAUCCACCCUUCUUGCAAGGACAAGCCACAGGCCUAUACCCUGUUUGGUCGGUCAUAUUAACACUGACCCAUGUUCAACAGAAUUUUGUCAUGUCUUUUCAUAAAUUCAUAGCUUCAAUAUUUUAUGUACUGAUUCGAUAUGAAAUACAUUAUAUAUGAGUA